UGCUCGGCAUGCGGCUGCUCGGUUAGUUAGAUAUUGGAAUUUGCAUUUGACGUGCCGUGGAGCGGAUGUACGGGUUUGCGGGAUUUAGUGAAAAAGUGAAUUUCUACGAAUGCGCCGUGUUUAUACACCUGUGGGCCUGUUGUCUUUGGUCCAGCUGCUUGUGGGUGUAGUGCGUAUUGCGUCUGUCGUCGCCAUUGUAGAUGCUGAAACCUGUUGGAAUGACAGCCAAGAAUGUGUCAUACAAGCAACGCUACACCGUGUCAAUGAGCCGCCACAGUCCGCGGGGCUGGUCGUGCAAAUCGACUGUCAAACAAAAGUUGAAUUUACAACGGCCGCCGAUGGCAGUCACACGCCUACUUAUCUAGCGCGACCUUUGCAGAGUUUGCUGCUCGAUGGCUGUCACACGCCUUUGGGUGUGGAGACCUAUGGCAUAGAGUAUUUGCCAAACUGUGAUACUGUGCCUGUAGUGUAUAUGGAACGCUUCCAUGCGGACACGCUACAGCCAUAUCACUGUCCAGGUGUAAAUGGCACUGAUAUGCAGGUGGAGGUACUAAACUAUCGCGAUAAUGAAUUGGCAACUAUCGGCGCAGAUACGUUCGUGAAUGUACCACAAUUACGUGAACUGUACUUUGCGCGCAACUCGCUACGUCACAUACCGCGUGCAGCCUUCGAGGCACUGCGCGUUGUCGAGCGUAUACAUAUCGUAGAUGAGCCAUUGUUGGCGUUGAAGAAUGCCGAUUUGUUCGAGCGCACGGGGGUGGCUGAUUUACAGCUGAUGAGGUUGAAAUACAUCACCUCCGAACUAUUUAGCCAUCUGCCUGAGACACUGCGUCAGUUGGUCGUAGUGCGCACAGCCAUCGAUGCGGACGCCGUUGUGGUGAGUAAUCCGCAGCUGCUGCGCAAUAUAUCAAUCAACGGCUGCACCUUGAAAUCGUUUACGCUGCUCGAGUCUGCGGCAACAACCAGCGUGCGUUACAUCAAUUUGAGUGGCAAUGCUUUGGCUGAGUUUCGUGUGGAUUUUCUCGGUUACAGCAGCAACGAUUCCAUUGUGGCCUUGGAAACGCUUGAUUUGAGCGAAAACGAACUAACGCAGCUGCCGUUGUCAUGGUUGAGCGGUUUGAGUAAGUUGCGCCAUUUGCUAUUGCGCGGGAAUCAUUUGAAGAUGCUCUCACUGCCGGCAUUGAUGUUGGCGCUGCCGUUAGCAGCGUCACUCGAUUUGCGCGACAAUAAGUUGACCGCGUUGCAUGAUGCCGCCGAGGCGUCUGCUCUGAGUUGGGCACAAGUGCGUAUACAAAUCGAUCGGAAUCCGUGGAAUUGUUUGUGGCUGCUCGAGUUCGCGCACACACAUCCCGAAAAGUUUCGUGUUUUCCAAUAUGCCAAAUAUAUUUCGCAGAUAAAUGUGAAUGGACUGCAAUGUGUAGCGGCAGAGGUGCCAGCUUUGGCAGAGAAUGUAACGGAGAACGAAUUGUUGGCUAAUGCUACAACAACAACAGCGACAACGAUUGUGCGUGGCAUUCAAAUCCAAGAUCAUAGCAAUAAUGUGGUCAAUGCAUCCACUUUUAAGCUUAUCUACGGCGGCCCAUGGGAAUACAAGCGUAGCCAACGCGCUGAAGCUCUGAUCAUUGUAUUCAUGCUGCCCGUGGGCGUGGCUUUACUCUUUCUACUACUUUAUAUGUGGAUCAAUUGCCAAAAAGUUUUCCAUUUAUCAUAUUAUCGCUCCUUCACCUGGUCACAACGCAAUAAUGGCAGACGCUUCAGGAGUGCCGAGUGUUUCGAUGUCGUCCGUCAAUUGCCACCAACACCGAACGUGUCUAACGGCGACAAUGGCAACAAUAACGACGACUAUGAGACCCCGUUGAGUGGCAUUGGCUCUAUUUGUAAUUGCAAUCACAUCGGUACGGGUACCUACGCUAACGAGAAGUGUGGUAAGUCACAUCAUAUCACCUACGAAGAGCUGCCAUCGGAGCGACCGUUUAAAAUCUAUGAGGAGAUAAUUGGCGAUGAUGCGACGGACACCGAGACGUAUGCGCAACCUUUUUACGAUCAUCUCUCCUAUUCACAACCCGUCAGAAGCGAUGUGACUGCUUCGAUGUAAUGCGAGGGUGGAGCGAUGUUGGAGGAGAUAUUGGCGCGUUUACGAGAUUAUAUUUAACCACACUUCAACACAAAUCAGGACAAUCAACCAAUGAAACGUGAUUACUAGUUAUUUUGUAUAAUAUUUGUAUGUAUAUAAGGUAUAAAUAAAAAUUUUAUAUUUUUCAUG